UGCAGAUUUUCUAUUUUGUACAUACAUUGUUUUGUAUAUACUGUAUAUGAUGACUUCGGUGGGAAAUGAACGUACCCGGGGCACUCGGGAAAAAACACAGAUUUCAACUCCACAGACACAACCACAGAAACAGGUACAGGCAACAGCUGAGCAGAUCCGCCUCGCACAGAUGAUCUACGAUAAAAAUGAUGCAGAUUUUGAAGAUAAAGUGAAGCAGCUAAUGGAAGUGACAGGAAAGAACCAAGAUGAGUGUCUUGUGGCACUCCAUGAUUGCAAUGGGGAUGUGAACAGAGCCAUCAAUAUACUGCUGGAAGGAAACUCUGACACGACUUCCUGGGAGACUGUUGGGGGCAAAAAGAAAAUCGGCAAAGAAAGUUCAGAAAACAAAGAAAACAGAGAGAAGAGAGGGGACAGAGAAGUGAGUCGCGGUAGAGGAACAUCCAACAGACGAGGCCGAGGCGGGAGAGUCGGGGAAGAGAGUUUAGGGCAGAAGAAAAUGGUGUGGAUAGUGGUCCUGGGGACAGACCUGCUGAUCGUGGUAGACGCGGACGUGGAAGAGGCUUUGGAGGCCGUGGACGAGGCAGAGGUGCGGGAAGGUUUUCUGCACAAGGCAUGGGGACAUUCAAUCCUGCAGAUUACACGGAGCCCAGCACCAAUGAUGGGUUUGGAGUAAAAUCGGACGUUUGGGAAACAGGCCAGACCGACGGUGAUGAUGGUACUGGUGCGUGGAGGAAUUCUAUUGAGGAAUGGACGGCAGAGGACUGGAAUGAAGACCUUUCUGAAACCAAGGUCUUUACUGCAUCCUCUGUCCCUACAGAGAACCACAUCACCGCAGGACAGAGCAUUGACUUGGUAGCCCUCCUUCAGAAGCCACAGACAAACAGCACUGAAACAGAAUCUGCCGGUUUUGAGUCAUCAUCGCAGCAGAACUUUGGUCAGGCCCUGGUGUUCACAAACUCUCAGCAUAGCUCUCAGAUGACAUCCACAGCUAGCAGCUCCAGCGCAGUGAACAGCUUUACUCCUCAGAGCCUGUCUUCUGUGCUCGGGUCUGGGUUUGGUGAGCUUGGAACGUCAAAACUGACAAAUUCCGCUGGUGCCCAAAUAUUGGAACAGCUGAAGAGUCCUGGAUUGGGGCAGUUCUCUACCCAGAAUUCUCAGCAAAGUGGCAGUAAUGCAGCACCUGCCUCUUCCUGGGACAUUAAGCCUUCAGUGCCACAGUCAUCUGUCCUCAGUCAGUUCGAUUUCAAAUCCCAGCCGGAGCCCUCGCCUGUGCUCAGCCAGCUUGCCCAGCGACAGCAGCAGCACCAGGUACAGCCAGUGCCUGUACCACCUCCCGGACUGGAGACCUUCACUUCACAGGUGAAGCUGCGCGAGACGUCUCCGGUGGACAGCUCUACCUCUGUGGGCAAAAUGCUGCAGCUGCCCAGUGUGUCACUGGACUCCCAGGCCAUGUCCGCCCAGCAGACUCAUCAGCAGAAACACAUAAAACCGCAGAAACGGAGGAUACCCCCAACUUCGAAGAUUCCCGCAUCUGCAGUAGAGAUGCCAGGAUCGGCUGAUGUCACUGGAUUGAAUGUGCAGUUUGGAGCCUUGGAAUUUGGAUCAGAGCCCUCUUUACCAGAGUUUGGUUCAAACACAAGUCCUGACACUGGAAGCCAGACACCCAGUAACUUGUAUUCUAAAACAAUAAGUGAAUCUCUAAACACCUCGCUGCCAAUAUCCAGUACUGUGCAGGAGCCAAGCUAUACGGCGUCUGUAAUCACCACUUCCAGCCACAACAGCUCUUCUCAGAGUGCCAGUCCAGUCACCAUCUCCUCAUCUUCCUCUUCCUCCUACGACCAGACGUCUGUGCACAGCAGAAUAGGUUACCAAAGCUCCAUGACAGCCAGCGAAGUGGUUCCGGUCACGAAUGGACACAAUGGAAUUCGGGCACAAGUGUCUUUGAACACCACUCCUUCCGUCCCGUCGGCGAAGUCUGAGAAUUCCCAGAGCCUGACGUCUGUAGGGUCUCUAUCCAGUCCACCCUCCACCACAUCGUCUCUCCUUCCUCCUGCGUCUCAGCACACGUCAGCUGUGUCUCUGUCUAACUUGCCGCAGCCCAGUGACCUCUCAAAUAGCUCCCUUUCACAGCUUAACAGCACUUUGUCUGGGCACCAGAACAGCCUUCCUGCAGCAUCAGUACUGUCCUCAGCAGUUUCCCAUACGCACACAAGUGUGGAGAGCACGGUCACGCUCCAGCCUAGCCUAGCACAACCUUCUCAACAGCGCCAACGUCGGCCACAAGCACCACCUCUUCGGUUGUCAGUAUGGCCAGCAGUAUGAAUACUACUAACAGUUUAGGCCUGAGUGUGCCCAGUGUAAGUGUGCCUGCCGCUACCACUCGGACCGCUCCGUUAGUGUCUUCAGGAAAAGCGCCUCCAAACCUCCCACAGGGCGUCCCUCCUCUCUUACACAACCAGUACAUUGUUGGACCUGGAGGCCUCCUGCCUGCGUACCCAAUCUAUGGCUAUGAUGACCUCCAGAUGCUUCAGUCCAGGUUACCGAUGGAUUACUAUGGGAUCACAUUUCCUGCGCCAGCAACACUGACAGGCAGAGAUGGAGGACUUGCAAGCAACCCAUACUCAGGUGAUGUAGCAAAGUUUGGCCGUGCCGAUUCUGCGUCUCCGGCCCCUGCCACGACGUUGGCGCAACCACAGCAGAAUCAGACACAGACUCACCACACAGCUCAGCAGCCUUUCCUAAACCCAACCCUGCCACCCGGGUAUAGCUACACAGGCUUACCUUACUACGCCGGGGUGCCAGGCGUACCGAGUGCUUUCCAGUAUGGCCCCACCAUGUUUGUACCUCCUGCAUCAGCCAAAACCCACGGAGUAAACCUAAACACGGCGUCCACUCCCUUCCAGCAGGCCGGAGGGUACGGGCAACACAGCUACGGUGCAGUCUCCUUUCCAAUAGGUUACGAUGACCUAGCCCAGGGGACGACCGCUGCAGAUUACAGCAAAGGAGGCUACAGUGGCUCGGCUCAAGCACAAAGCAAAUCUGCUGGUGCUGGUCCGGGGAAAGGAGUGUCGGUGAGCUCCAGUAACACAGGCGUGCCUGACAUCAGCGGAUCGGUCUACAACAAGACUCCGACAUUUGACAAGCAGGGAUUCCAUGCGGCUACACCACCACCCUUCAGCCUCCCCUCUGCCCUUGGCUCAACGGGGCCCCUGAACCCAGGUGCUGCUGCUGGCUACGCCCCACCUCCCUUCCUUCAUAUUCUACCUGCUCAUCAGCAGCCUCACUCUCAGCUGCUCCAUCACCACCUGCAGCAGGAUGGACAGGGUGGCUCCGGCCAGCGCAGUCAGCCCAACUCCAUGCAGCAGAAGACUCAGGCCAACAAGACCGCCUACACCAGUUCCCCCUACUGGACAAACUGA